AUGCAGUUAGCCUACAAAGCAUUUCUUAGAUGGACUUCCGAUCAAAUGAACAAGGAUAACGCGCUCGACUCAAUGCAGGAAGGACGAUUUCGGGAUGGUGAAAAUGAUUUGUGGAUGAGAACUAGAUAUUAUGCUCCUCCACCAAAAGGGUAUAACGUGGCUGGGGUCUGA